UCGACUUCUCUCUCUCUCUCUGCUGUUUAUUGUCUGUCUGGCAAUAAAAUACUCUGAAAAAUAGACAGAGAAGCGAGAGCGUGAAGUGAUCAAGUUCUCGAUCCAUCAUUAGCUGUUGUGGUUGUGCAGAGAGAGGGUUCCGAUGGUGGUGCGAAACGACGUGGCAACGGUUAAUUCGCCGACUGACGAUGAUCAUCGUCAUCAUCAUCAGCAGGCACCGUCGGCUACUCCGUCGAAGCAGGUCAAGGCUUCGCCGAACACCGUUGACUCCAACUCUGUUACCCAAAGAUUGCAGAAAGAGCUAAUGUCUCUCAUGAUGAGCGGAGGGGAUCUUGGAGUAUCUGCCUUUCCUGAAGGAGAGAGUAUCUUUACUUGGAUUGGUACCAUUGAGGGCGGCAAAGGAACUAUGUAUGAGGGUUUAUCUUACAAAAUUUCUUUGCGCUUUCCCCUUGAUUAUCCUUUCAAGCCUCCCCAAGUGAAGUUUGAGACGAUGUGCUUCCAUCCAAAUGUUGACCAGUAUGGGAACAUUUGUUUAGACAUCCUUCAGGACAAGUGGUCUUCAGCUUAUGAUUGCAGAACCAUUCUUUUGUCUAUCCAAAGUCUAUUGGGAGAACCCAAUAUCGAGAGUCCUCUCAACAGCUCUGCUGCUGCACUUUGGAAGAACCAAGAAGAUUACAGGAAAAUGGUAUGCAAGCAUUAUACGGCAGCAGAAGCGUUUGAGAGCUGAUCUCGAAGUCUUAUUGCAAGCAUCUAGGCAAACAUUUUCCAGAUAGGAUGCACAUGCUUCAUAAUGGUCUUAAGACAGAACAGUACUGGGGAAGAGAGGGAGGUUUGGGUGUGAUCUCACUGAUUGGCCGAUCUUCCAAAUUCAUUGGUGAGUCAAUUUUGUGUAUGUAUGAUUUUCUUAUAACUGCAUUCUGUCAAUAUACCUAUUGUUCAGUUGCUAAAUGAAACUUAAAAUAUGGAGUUGUAUCAUUAUGAGUGUUAGUUUUUUCCUUCGAAAAAAUGUUGCCACGUUCAAGCUGAUUUUGCUAAAUCUUGUUUGACGUUUACUUCAUUUUUUAUUAUGUGAAAUGUGAAAAGCGAUUAACAAAAUUGCACUGAAUAACUGUUAAAUGUUGCGAGAUAGGUUGUAUGAGUCGCACCAAGUAUCACUAUAAACGCGCAACAACAAAGAACUAGGGCUUUCGACUAGUGGCAAAGAUG